AUGCCUAGCGACACGCGUACAACUCCUCAAACUGCUCAAUCUCCAAACAUCGUUGAUACUAUUGACCCUGAAUUACUAGCACAACUUAAUUCCAGAAGAGACAAUGUAAGGCCUUCGAAACUUGUAUACGCAUAUGAGCAAAUAGCCCAAGCUUUGAGGUAUGCAGCAAAGGCCUGCGACGAAUUUCAAGCACUUAUUCCAAGAGAUGUAGGAAUUAUCCCUGCCAAAGAUCCAAAUGCACCAAAAAGACCAAACACUGCCUACAUUCUCUUUAGCAAUGAAAUUCGGGCCGAGACAAAAGCUGCCAAUCCUCAAGCUAAUCAAAAGGAAAUCGUCACUCUCAUUGGACAAAAAUGGAAGGCCUUAUCUCGAGAAGACAAAAAGGUGUACGAAGAUCGGUAUUUUGCCGAUAAGGAACGAUAUGACGAAGAACUCCGCGCUUACAGAGCUACACAUGGUCAAGUUGAGUCACCUCCAGAAACUUCUUCAAACGAAGAUAACGAAGUUAAUGCUUCGGGUGUCGCAUCAUCUUCAAAACAAGCACAAGCUGGUACACCAGGCGCUUUUGUUUCUCAACUGCACAUUUCUCAAGUUGAUUCUACAGUUUUAGGUGGUCAAGCUUUGCCUAUUUCUGUACCACCGGAAACUGCAUUGCUGGAGACUUUCAUUGAAAAUUUCCCAGCAGAUUCGACGUCUUUUACACAGAAUGCUGUGGCAACAACUUCUACCGAUACUAAUCCGGUAAAGAAGCGUUGUUCUCCUGAGCCGGAUAUGGAGAUUGGUGAUUCUCAAAAACUAGACGACGAAGUCCCAGCUUCUAAACGAACGCGUGCAUCAGCAAAGAAAAACCAGUUACCUACGGAUCUAGAUCCAGACUCUAUUUUUACUCCGCCUGAUGACCCAGAAGGAACACUAGAGCAAGAUGAGACCCUCACUGGAACUAAGCGGCCAAGAACCAAACGAGGUGCGGCAUCCAACGGAAGUUCAUCGACAGCUCAAGGGUCAAAAACUGCUGCUUUGACUGCCCGCCGCAAGCGCGGCGGUAAACCUUAA